AUGGAGACGUUGGCGUUAGUUUUACUCUUUGGAGUGGUUUGCUUUGGAUUUGAACCAUUGUCCCCUGACAAGACUUGUCCGAAUUUGAUAUUAUCAGAGUUCUAUGAGGGCCAAUUCCUGAAUAGGUGUAAUGAAGGUCAGAUCCCCCACUGUCUGAUUGAUGACAAAAAUAGACAUGGACGGGUGUGUAUAAAGGCGGUAACCAUCCCGGCAGGAGAAUGUCCGUUCUACGAUUCGGAGAGGAGCAUGAUAGAUAAAAGGAGAUGUAUUGGAGAGGAUUGUCCUAAGAAAGAUAUACCGUCCACUGCCGCCAGUAUAUAUGAAGGAUGCUUUAAAAAAUUCAGGUAA